AUGCCCCGGACAAUAUUUCCAACCCGGCAUAUCCAUACUUUAAAAACGCAUAAUGGUAAGCUCAAACUCUGGACGUCUAUUGAAUUACCCCUGACACCUUUAGGCCCCGUCAAUGCGGUGACCUAUUCAAACGCCGGCGGCACCUACGUCCUCACGGGCUCCUCAGACAGAGCCGUGCACCUGUCGCGCGCAGUUCCAAAUAAUUCCAAUAGCGCAAACCCAAUCGAGACAACAUCCCCGAUUCAGAAAUACGAAGCACACGGCUAUUCAGUCCUCGAUGUCGCCGUCGCAACAGACAAUGCCCGCUUCGCAAGCGUAGGAGGUGAUCGCCAGAUGUUCCUCUGGGACGUGGAACAGGGAAUUACAAUUAAACGCUGGUCUGGACACAACAGCCGCAUAGAAGCGGUCCAAUUCGCCGGCGAAGGCGACUCGGUCGUUGUCACUGGCAGCGCCGAUACUACCAUCAAUCUAUGGGAUACUCGCGCUUCAUCUUUCAAGCCUAUUCAGACUCUUGCCGAUGCUACGGAUACGGUUUCAUCACUUCAUGUUCAUGGACCGACUUACUCGAUCGCUAGUGGUAGUUAUGAUGGCCAUGCGCGCGUUUAUGACGUUCGUACAGGCAAGAUGACUGUCGAUGUUCUGGCUCACCCGGUUACAAGUGUUCGGUGCUCGGAUGACGGGAAUGCGCUCUUGGUUUCUACACUGGAUGGCCAUAUACGGAUGCUAGACCGGUUAGACGGCAAAUUGCUGAAUUCCUUUGGGGGCGCAGCGCGCCCUGGGAUGACGAUAUCCAAACUUGCGUAUCGGAAUAAAGAGUUGAGAGUUCGCUCCGUCUUCGCACAGGGUGAUGCUGUUGUUUUGAGCGGGGGUGAGGCUGGUGAGGCUGGGGCUGGAGCCUUUGCUUGGGAUGUCAUUAAGGGGGAGGUCAUUGCAGCCGUCCCUGUUGGAGAGAAGGUGAAGGCUGUGAGCUGUGUUGCAUGGAAUGAAAAGGGGGAGACUGGGCCGCUGGUUGUUCUGAUGGUACGUGCUUCAUCAUUCUUCUAG